AUGAAUGAAGUCGGCAGCAACACACACAAUCUUACUGUCCUAGAUCUUAAAAAUAUUGUGAAUAACCAAAACUUCGACGAGAUGGAUAAAAGCGAAGAAAAAAACAAUCAAUCAACUCAAAAUUUUCCAAACUUAGAAAAUAAUACAAACGAAUCAGAACCCAAUAACAAGAGAAUUCUAACAAGACCUCCUCUUCCUAAAAAAGCCUUUAAAAAAGAAAUUAAUCAGAAUAAUAAUCUAUCAAAGAAAGAAGCAUCAACAGUUCGAAUAUUUCAACCAAUUCCUUUUGCAUCUUCAUUCACCCCAAUUAACAUCUCCCCAAGAGAAUCCGCAAAAAGCCAGAUGACACCGAUUUUAUCAGGAUAUAAUUCAGCUGGAGUUUUAGUCAGAACGCACUCUGAUGAGACCAUCCCUACAGAUCAGGAAGAUAUUCGACCUCUCGUUGUGUCAGAAGAAAAAUUUGAUUUAAAUCAAGAAGUACAGAGCAAUAGCAAGGAAGAAGUCAUUGACACUUUACUAGAGACACUUCCUUCUGGUCGCAGACUUGAUGUUACUCCUCAGCAUGAGGAAGAAGAAGAAAAUAAAAAAGAAAUUUCCCUUGUUCACGAAACAACAAUUGAUAACUUAUUGCAUACGCUUCCUUCAGGACGCCGCCUUGAAGUAACACCGGAUGCUUCGGAUGAUGAAGAAAACAACGAAACUCCUGAAAUAAAAUCAAGGGAAAUUCCAAUGGGAGUAUUGGCAAACAACAUUAAAGAGAUACCAUCUCAUGAAUCACCACCUUUAGUUGACUCUCCUGAAAUUCAAGAAGAAAUUUUUCAAGAAAAUUCUGAAGAAGAAGAAAUGAUUCAAGAAGAAAGCAUUGAUAAUUUAUUGGAAACACUUCCAAAUACAAAAAGGCCAGAAAUUACUCCGAAAUCUAAUAAUGAUGAAGAAAACGAAGAAAAUAAAGAAUCUGUAAAUCAAGAAGCUAUAGAUAAUCUCUUAGAGACACUUCCAAACACUAAGAGACCAGAUAUAACUCCAGAAAUCCUUCCUGAAGAACAAUCUGAGAUAAAUGAAGAACAUAUUAACACAAUUUUGGAGACAUUACCUUCCGGUAGAAGGCUAGUUGUGACUCCAAGCAUGACAGAGGAGGAAGAAUCCGAAGAAAAGCCAGUAAAUGAAGAAAAUAUUGAUACAAUUCUACAAACUUUGCCAGCCAAUAGAAGAUUAGUUGUUACUCCUGAAAUUAUUGAAGAUAGAGACAACGAUGGUGAAAUUAGCGAAGAUAAAAUUGAUAUCUUGUUAGGAACUUUACAAUCAACAAGAAGAUUAGACGUAACACCAUCAAUUGAGCAAGAAGAAGAUGAGCAACCAUUAAUUAAUCAAGACAGUAUUGACAAUCUUCUAAAUACGUUAUCCUCAAGCCGAAGACUGGAUGUAACACCAGAAAAUGAACCAAACGAUGAUCCCGAUAGCGAAGAAAACAUCGACUCCCUUCCAUUUGGACAUAAUGUUUUAGAGGAAAAAAUUGAAGAAGUCGAUGAGCAGCAAACAGAAGUCAGAACUCGGGAAUUAUCCAUCAACGACAUGAAUCUACCCAAUGAUAGUCAAAACGAACCUACAAAACUCAAAGACCUUGAUCUUUCUCAUUCACUCAAACAAGUCGAUAAAAAUUUAUCUGAAGACGAAAUAUUUGUUCAUACAGAGACCAAAUCCUCCAAAGUUAUUUCCCCUCAAGUCAAAUCCUCAAACAGGAAAAGUUCUGUAUCCGAAGAAGACUCGAGCGAUGACGAGCAGAGAGAACAAGACCAGCAGGCCCUGGAGAAGUUCUCCAAAACAGGCAGGCUUCCACCGCUGAAGGACAAAGCGUCGAUAUUGAGGGAAGUACAGCGAGAGAGAGCGGAUGCCAUCGAAAUAGGAGACUACGACAGAGCUCAGCAGCUCUACGACCUUUCCAAGAAGGUACAGACCGCAAUCUACGAGUCAGAUAUCAAAGAAAGAAAGGAAGAAAAGCGAUUUCGACUUGAAGAGCAGCUGGAGAAGGCCAAAGCACAACUUGGCACUGUUAAAUACGAAACAAAGAACGUUCUGAGAAGAGCCAGAGAAACAAAUGAACAAAGAAUCGAAGAAGUAAAAAAGAAACACAUUCAAGAACUUGAGGAAUUCCAAGAAAAAUGGAAUAAUGAAGAUUAUCUCAGGAAAUUCUCAAAACCAAGCUCAGAAUUACUCGCAUUAAAGGAUCGUGAAAGAAGAUUCGCAAGAGCAAAACUAUUCAAUGAUGCAAAAACAUUUAGACAGAAAGCAAACCAACAGGAGAUCGAAGAAACAAAAACAGCUCAAGAAAGAGCUUAUCACAAAAUGAAAUUUCAGAAAAGUAUUUUGUUGCAGAAACAGGCAAAGGAAAUGGAGGUAGCAAUAGACUCUGCAAAUAAAAAUUAUGAAAUAGUUCAGAAAAAGAGGAAAGAUAUGGAAGAUGAGCAAAUUAGAAAAAUUGAAGCAAUCCAAAAGAGAACACAGGAUGGCGUUUCGAUAAAAAUAGGCUAUACACCAACAACAGCAAGAGCAAUGACUUCAAUGAGCGCAACUAGAAAAAUUAUAGGUUUAAAUCGAAACCCCGAGAUCCCUAAACUAGAAAUAAAGAAACUGGGCGCUGUAACUGCACGUGAAAAACGAAAAAUCGAAGUUGGACCAAAAAAGGAAAAGAGCCAAUUUCCUUCUUUAUAA